AUGACGAAAUAUGAGCGGGACCCUGAGCUGAUGAAUUUUUUGUCGAAAGUGGAAGACUUGGACUCUAAGAGAUACAAUAAUGCUUCCACUUCAAAGCCAACUGGGCAACUGCUUCCACCCUUGAGCAAUGACGCCCCUAGACACAGGAAUAUCAGAAAAGCCGAUGUAAUGGCGGAUCAAAUUGUAGAAAACAGAGACAAUUUGGCUUACCGAUCUGCGUAUAAUUAUGAAAUGACAUUUUCUCCCAAGAAAACUCAUUACUCGUUGAAUGAGUUGGACCUUGAACGAACAACAACCGAGUCGGCGUCGAAGGGAAGUAGCUCUCAAAAUGCAAAGAAAUUUGUUAUUUCUGAAGAAGACUAUUUACUUCUGCAAAAAUUGAAAGCCUCUCAAUCACCUAACGAAGUUAGUUCCGAUCAAAUUUCACUUUCUUCCGAAAAAGGUCAUCGCAUGCCCAGUCGAGGUCGACCCAGAGAGAAAGAGAGAGUCUCUUUUCAAUACGACUUCAACAUCCAAGAAAAAGCUCCUUCUACCUCGUCCCCUUCACCACCGCCUCCUUUGCCCACAAGGCGUAGUCAUGUUCGAACCAUUGAAGAUGACAGUGAAGAGAAAUCAGUGCUUCCAAGAAGACAUACAAAUGUGGGUGUUACGGAACGCCCGAUACCCUUGCCAAAUAAGCCGGAAGUGGCGGUACCUGAGGGCGUUAAGCCAAGUCCACCCGUUUCACGUUCCAUGAAGCAGACCAGCUUCUUAAGCUCUUUAGAGGAUAACAAGUUGUCAAUGGCAAAGGGCCACAACUCAGAAGUUCACACUCCCAAGAAAGCAGCAAAAAAUUCUCGUAUUGAUUACCUGGAUUCCAUACAAUUGAAGCCGACCACUUUAUCGCCUACUAUAAAAGAUAAGCCGAGACCAAACCCUCCCUCUCCACCGGCAAAAAGACUUCCAAGAUCUGAAAGUUUCAUCAAGUCUGCAUUGAAUUCAAACCUAACGACGACUUCUAAACCUUCCUUGCCUGAGAAACCUCAGAAACUACGAAAUGCAAACUUGACUGCUCAAAAGGCGAAACCAAGCAUUCCACCAAAGAAAGUGGAGUUGAGUCUAGUACUACCCGAGUUGCGUCCUGUAGAAACUCUGUCUGCGAGACAGAAAUUCGAAGACUCCAUCGAUUUACCCAAGUUACGAUCUAGUACCCGCAGCAUCAAAAAACAAGAUGAGCAUAACAUUCCAGAAGCAAUUCAAGGCAUACAAAACUUGAAGAAAACCAAACAGGGAAAACCUCUAAUCCCCCAGAAAAAAUCGUUCCUAACCAGCAGCUUGAAUCCCACAGCGGCCGAACACAACGGUGAUGCCAACAAGUUGAAUAACGAACUUGAAGCACUCUCCCUGAGGAAUAGCUUGAAAAAGCGCCCACCAAAGGCGCCAGAGCGUAAACUUUCCAUGCCAGAGGCAUUACGAAAAAUCGAGCUAAUGAAAAAAUCUAAAACUGAGCCCGUAUUGGAAUCUACAAAAGAACUCGGAAUAAAUGCAAAACUGGAUGCAAUAAUUAAGUCUAGAAACUUGAGACCAUGCACCACUGUAUCAGAAUUCAACAGCAUUAAAACUAAUGCUGCGACUUCCAGCGACUCCAGUAUUUCUGAAGGUGACACGGCAAAGGAAACUAAACCCUUGAUUCACUUGAACAAAAAAAGAGCUCGAGGUCCCAGAAGAAAACCUCCAACACACGUGUAA